ACGUAUUAAAAAUUUUCUAAAUUUAUCUAAAACAUAAAGUUGACAAAUGUAAAAGGGAAUUGGAAGGUGCCCCUGCAGUAAAGAAAUUGAGCGUGGAAAAGCCCUUAGCGAAAGUCGUGUGCGCAGCUGCAAAACCUAAUUUGGCCACACAUCCAGUAACUUCAGGAAAUUGGACAUGCCUACUCUCAUUGUUCAAUGAGAUUGAGCCAGUAGGGUGUGAGAAUUUAUCCAUGUCUCACCCACUAACUCAGGAACCAACCCCAACCAACAUCAAAGCUUAUAAAGACAUUUACACCUGUUUCAGGAGCAACAAACCAGGACCGAUAAACAGGGGACAUUUUUCAGAGGGAUGGUGUAAGGAAACCAUUAUCCUGGAUAGUGAUGGGAAAUAUACAGGCAGCCAGCUGAAUGCACAAAAUUCAGUAGGGCGGAUUUAGUAUGGUUGUGUGGAGAUAUGAGGAUCCGGCGAAGGUUGCAUGGGAAUUGGUCUGGUGAGUGUGCGUUGGUCUUUCUGAUUAUGCCUUUUAGAAUUUACAAGCAGCACGGAGUGGAGGAUGCCGGGGACGUCCUGACCAAUCACCACAGCCAUCGAAGAGACACCCGAGAGGUCAAACCUGGCGGAUCCUUCGACAAGACCGUGUGGAUUGAUGGUAUAGGGGUCCCAAGGGGGGUCCCAGAUGAAUUUGAGGCUAGGAACCAGAUUGCUGCAGGGUUUGAAAGUGCACUCUUUUGGUGGGUAACUAUCAAUAAGAAUGUAGACUGGAUAAACUAUCUCUAUUACAAUCAGCAGAGAUUUGUUAAUUUCAGUGUUCAGGCCACUGAGGGACUGAGAGACCAGCUAGACCAGACUUCACUUAUGACCUUACAGAAUAGAAUGGCAUUAGACAUGUUGUUAGCAGAGAAAGGUGGAGUUUGCCAGAUUGUGGGGUCAUCGUGUUGCACCUUCAUCCCCAAUAAUACUGCACCCGAUGGUAGUGUGGCACGAGCUUUGGAAGGAUUAAGGGCUUUGUCACGAGAAUGGAAGGAAAAUUCAGGGAUAAACAAUGAAUGGGUUAAGUGGCUAGAAGGGAUGUUUGGGCCAUGGAAGGAAGUUAUUACGAGUUUGGUGAUGUCAGUAUGUGUAGGAUUGGUAAUUUUAGUGAUAUGUUGUUGUUGUGGUAUCCCAUGCAUCAGGGUAUUAAUAGAAACAUUUGUGAUAGAUAUAGUGAGUAGAGGAAGCAGAGGGGGGCAAGAUCCACCAGUUAUCCAGAUGAUGGUGGCUGAUUUGUCUAGAUAUCAUGUAGAUGAUGAUGAGGAGGAUACCCUUGAAGGUGGGCCGGAAGACCCACUUCGAGCAGUAUAAGUGCUACUAACUCUGCUUAAUUAAAGGUAAAAACCGACCAGACAAGAUGAGGAGAGAGGACCAGCACUACUGAUCACACACCGUGAUGAAGGAAGGAGACUUGGAAGGACUGGCAGAGGCAGACACUGAGGGGACUGGAAGACUGACUCCAAGGGACAGAAGUGCCACUAACUGGACCUGCCUACAGGGAACAAAAACACAGCAGAAAGCCCAACGAAACCAACUAUGCGGAAGACGAGUCCAGAGGAGCCACCGGAACAAGAAGAAGAGAAAGGAUUUGAUUAGACUAGGAGGGAAAAACAUAAACAUAUAGUUCGCAGACACCUAGACCAUCUUUGAAAACACUAGUUAAGUGCAACACACAUAGUUUAGCUACAAAACGCAAGGGGUUAGCUCAGGAUUGUUUACAAUGUAUAUAUGUUUGAUACUCUGCUAUUUUUAGGAGGGAUAUUCUCUGUGUUUCAUCGUUUAAAUGUUUGUACUGCUGUGGAAACAGGUAAGACUGACAGGGGAGAAUCCAUAAGACAUUAGCAGUCAUGCAGAGACACAGGAGCUAUGGGCCCCUUCUGAAUAUCUGCAGCUCCGUCUGGUGGAGGACAACCUGAACGGACUUCCUGUAGAAGCCACGCACCCAUUGUUUUUAUUUUAUUUUUCUCGUUUUUGAUUUCCUAUUUUUAAAUUGCUUUAUUUUGUUUUUCCUAUUCUUAUUUUAUUUUCUAUUUUUUGUUUGUUUGUUUGGUUUAAGGGUAGGAGCUGUUGCGAUAGGUACGGUUCCUUUAGUUUAACUGGUAGCCUUUUAUUUUUUAGAUACCUUUUAUUGUAAAAAUUCAGCCCAGUGGCCAUGUAAGUCAGAAGGGGUUAAAUUGGGGGGGUUGCUGACAGCUAUCCUUAUCUCCUGGAAUCUAGAAAACACCUAACCUAUAGUUAAAAGUUAAUGUGAAAGCAUUAAGAUGCUUUCAAGGGGGGCUGGUUAGGUUUUUCGGAACAUAAAAACGUACAUUUAAUAUGGGAAGUGUUCCGUCAAACACCCACGUGCUCCCUUUCUUCAAAAUGGCGCCGGCCUUGCUCCCUUUAUUCAAAAUGGCGCCGGCCAGGCUCCCUCCCUGACUCCUACCGAAGGGGGGGAGGCGGAGCCCUGGGUUUUUUAGCACAUUUCAUUGGCUCCAACAGCAGCGGCGGAGGAGGAGCCUAGACUAGUUUAAAAGAAGGGCGCGCUCAGAGGCUCGUCCUCUUUCUUUGGUGGUUGUGUUUCUAGACUGCAGGAGAAAGGAGCGCUGAUCGGCUUAGCUCUGACAUAUAUUCACAGAUCAUUUUUACACUUAAUAAAGUGUUUUAAAGAGUACUUUCUGGACUUCCCGACUGCUUUCUUCAGGACCUCUUGGACAAAAGAUUCAUCCUAACACCAUCUAAAUGUUUCCCUGUUUCUUUCCCGUCAGGAUAAAGUUGGUGUUUACUAGGUGACUGAAGAUUUUGGAUUUUCUAAAACAAUGUCGUUGGAGGAGUGUGAGAAGCUCCAGAUCUCUAAAAUGAGUCUCCAGCAGGAGCAGUGUGAUAUUCAGAGGCUGUUUAAAAGUCCUGAUGCAGAGGAAGCCUACACCACUCUCAAUAAAAGUCCUGAUGCAGAGACAACCUACACCACUCUCAAUUUUCCAUUUAUAAACAUCUUACUGCAGAAGAAACUCCAUCUGAGCUCCAGAAAACUGAAAGAGAUCAAAGUGAAUCAUCUAUCAGCUCUGCUGGAGGAUCCACACUGUACAAUCCAAAACCUCACACUGAGUGAUUGUGAGAUCUCAGAUGAAGGUUAUGUUGCUCUGGCUGGAGCUCUGAUGUUAAACCCCUCAUCACAUCUAACACAUCUGGAUCUCAGUGGAAAUAAUCCAGGAACAGAAGGAAUGAAGAUGUUUAAUGAUUUAUUAAAGAAACCAAACUCUAAACUGAGAGUGAGAUUUCUGAGCAGAAGCUCUGAGAUGGAUGAAGCUUGUGAUUAUCUGAAUAAAAUGGGUAUAAAGAUGUUAGAUCUGAGUGAGGUGGAUCUGAGUGGAAGAAGAAAUAUUGGAGAUUCAGGAGUUAAACAUGUAUCAACUGUACUGAAGGAUCCACACUGCAUGAUUACAAAACUCAUCUUGAGGAACUGCAGCAUUACAGAUAAAAGUUGUACUGAUCUGAAAUCAGCUCUUGAUGUAAAUCCAUCACACCUGAAAGAUCUGGAUCUGAGUAACAAUCAACUAGGAGAUUCAGGAGUGAUUCAGAUCUCUCAUCUACUGAAGAAUCCACAGUUCAAACUCCACAAACUCACAUUAUCAGAUUGUGGUGUAAGAGAGGAAGGUUAUGCUGCUCUGGCUGAAGCUCUGAGAUCAAACCCAUCAUCAGAGCUGAUGGAGCUGGAUCUCAGAGGGAACCAUCCUGGAGAUUCAGGAGUAAAACUGCUCGAUGAUUUACUACAGAAUCCAAACUGUAAACUGAAGACACUGAGGUUCUUAAAGUCUCCUGAAGCAGAAGAAGUCUACACCUCUCUUUGUUCUACUCUGGGUCAGAACCCCUUAAUACUGACCCAGAUGAAGCUGGAGAGGAACCCAGGGGGGGUAUCAGGAGAUUCCAGAGUGAAGCUUCUCUCAGCGUUUCUGCAGGACUCUCACUGCAAACUGCAGAAACUCCAGAUUAAUGACGAUGAUCUAACGAUGGAGAGCUGUUCAGCUUUAUCUGAAGUUCUGAGAUCAGGAUCCUCCAGUCUGAGAGAGCUGGACCUGAGCAACAACAACCUACAGAACUCUGGAGUACAGAAGCUCUGUGAAGGACUGAAGAAGAACGAGUGUAAACUGGAGGUUCUGAGAUUAUCAGAUUGUGGUGUAGGAGAUGAAGGUUAUGCUGCUCUGGCUGAAGCUCUGAGAUCAAAGCGUUCAUACAUGAAGGAGCUGGAUCUCAGAGGGAACCAUCCUGGAGAAUCAGGAGUGCAGAAGAUCUGUAGCGCAUGUAAGGGUGGAUUGCAUAAACUUCUAACACUACAGUCUAGAAACUUUAGUGAAAUGAAACUGAGGCUGUUUAAAAGUCCUGAUGCAGAGGAAGCCUACACCACUCUCAGUAAAAGGCUAGAUAAUAGAAUCUUACUGCAGAGGAAACUCGAUCUGAGCUCCAAAACACUGGAAGAGAUCAAAGCGAAUCAACUAUCAGCUCUGCUGGAGGAUCCACACUGUACAAUCCAAAACCUUACGUUGUGUGGGUGCAGAUUAACAGAGAACGACUGCACUACUCUGGUUUCAGCUCUCAGUAGAAACCCAUCACACCUGACUGAUCUGGAUCUGAGUCAAAAUCCAAUAAAAGACUCAGGAGUGAAGAAGCUCGUUCCUCUACUGCAGAAUCAUCAAAACAAACUGAAACAACUCAACUUGAGGAACUGCAGCAUUACAGAUAAAAGUUGUACUGAUCUGAAAUCAGCUCUUGAUGUAAAUCCAUCACACCUGAAAGAUCUGGAUCUGAGUAACAAUCAACUAGGAGAUUCAGGAGUGAUUCAGAUCUCUCAUCUACUGAAGAAUCCACAGUUCAAACUCCACAAACUCACAUUAUCAGAUUGUGGUGUAAGAGAGGAAGGUUAUGCUGCUCUGGCUGAAGCUCUGAGAUCAAACCCAUCAUCAGAGCUGAUGGAGCUGGAUCUCAGAGGGAACGAUCCUGGAGAUUCAGGAGUAAAACUGCUCGAUGAUCUACUACAGGAUCCAAACUGUAAACUGAAGACACUGAGGUUAUUAAAGUCUCCUGAAGCAGAAGAAGCCUACACCUCUCUUUGUUCCACUCUGAGUCAGAACCCCUUAAUACUGACCCAGAUGAAGCUGGAGAGGAACCCAGGGGGGGUAUCAGGAGAUUCCAGAGUGAAGCUUCUCUCAGCGUUUCUGCAGGACUCUCACUGCAAACUGCAGAAACUCCAGAUUAAUAACGAUGAUCUAACGAUGGAGAGCUGUUCAGCUUUAUCUGAAGUUCUGAGAUCAGGAUCCUCCAGUCUGAGAGAGCUGGACCUGAGCAACAACAGACUACAGAACUCUGGAGUACAGAAGCUCUGUGAAGGACUGAAGAAGAACGAGUGUAAACUGGAGGUUCUGAGAUUAUCAUAUUGUGGUGUAGGAGGUGAAGGUUUUGCUGCUCUGGCUGAAGCUCUGAAAUCAAACCGUUCAUACAUGAAGGAGCUGGAUCUCAGAGGGAACCUUGCUGGUGGUUCAGGAGUGCAGGAGCUCUGUAGUGUAUGUCAGGCUGAGGGGUUCAACAGGAGUGAAAUUAAACUGAGAUAUGACAAAUCAGUGUUUGACUAUAUAAGGCGAGCGAGCCCUAUUAAAUCUUGAUGAUUAGCAGACUCCCGGCUGAACCCGGCUUCUGUUCAUCACAAAAACAAGCAAAAUAUAAAGAAACUCAAAACACAGAUGAUGAUGAAAUGUUCCUCACUCACUUCAGACAGUAAAUAUGAUGAAUAUUUUUAGGUGUAACCCACACGGUGUAAUCAGUAAUUCAGGAAUGGUGGAGACCCCCCAGGACAGCAGUGGGACAGUAACUCAAAACCAUCGACUCCAGGCAGCUGGAGGCUAGAAAACGUCAUACCACCAUUAAUCCACAGAGGCGAACAUACAAACCAAUUCCAACUAAUGUACAACGUCCAGUCCAGUAAAUAUCUGAACUUCACACAUUUUUAAUGAUAAAUAAAAAUAAAAACAGUUUGACUUUGUGUUGUUCAGGCUGCAUAUUUCAUAAUGAUCACUGUAGACGUCCUGGUAACUCUGAAAGCUCUGAGAUAUUGUUUAUAUUCUUCCCCUGAUCUGUACAUGACUAUAAUAUGAUGGUGGAGAUCCACAGAUGAUCUCUUGGACUUCAUGGUUCUGUGUUUGUCCUGACGAUGUCGUGUUUAUAGACUCGGUUUUACCUUCUCAAACUAUGUUCAAUCAAUUCAGAUCGUAACAGGUGAUUCCAGUGAAGUUCCAGACACGUCUCCAUCAUUAAAGCAAACAGGAGGCAUCAGAUCACAAUCACAGCAGGGGGUCUGAAUACUUUUGUAAAUAAGAGAUUUUUAUUUUAAAAUUUUAACAGUUCUAAUUUAAUUGACUUGUUUUGCAAUUAUUAAUUUCACAUUGUAAUUAUAUAAGAUUGAUAGUUAAAAUUGUGUCACAUGAAGAUAUAUAAUAAAUGAUCCACUGACUAAAUCAAUAUUCAGCAAAAUAUAUUAAUUUUAAUUUUAAAGAUUGUGUAGAGUAAUUACAGACACAGGACACUCCAGUGGGGGGUAACACAGAGCUCCUUAAUAAUGUUAUUUUAGAAAUGGUGAGUAUUGAUCUUGUGUGGGUCAGUAGUUCUGUGUUCAGUGAGAUGUGAGUGUAAUUAAAAACUGGAUUACAGGCAUCAGAUUCUAAAUGUGUUCAUA